UUUUUAUUUGGCUUUCCUUCUUUUCUUUUUCCUUCUAGAUCUAUCUCUCUGUCUUUUUAAAAUUUAUCAUGUCUACCACUGCUGAAAUUAAUCCUAUCGUUGCUGAAACACCUGCCGUCGUCCCCACUACUAGUGUACCAGAGGUUACACCCACUGAGGAUCCCAUUGUUGAAAAGCCUGUCCUUGAAGAAAAGGAAGCCCCUGUUUCUGCUGAAACCGAGGAGGAAGAGGAAACCGCUGAUUCUGCUGCUGCUGCUGUUGCUGUGGUUACUCCUGUCACGGAAGAGGUUGCUGCUAAACCUACUGUCACCAAGCGUCGUACCAUCUUUAAUCCUUUCGGAAAGUCUCCCAAGAAGGAGGAGAUCAAGGAGGAUGUCGCUGUCUUGACUGAAGAGCCCGCUGCCACUACACCUUCUUCUUCUACCGAAGAAAAGGUCAAGAAGCCUACCAAGGCUUUCGGUUUCUUUUCCAGAUCAAAGUCUACACCCAAGGUAAACGAUGAAGAGACUGUUGCUGUUGAAGCUGAAGCUCCCGUUAUUGCCACAGAGUUACCUCAAAUUGAACACCUUCAACCCAUGGAGACUGAGAAUGUCACCGGCGGAUCCGAAACAGAAUCCCCUACAAUUGCUGUCAAGGAAGCAGUUGCAGAGGUUGCUGAAAAUGUUGAGCAACAAGUCACCAGUGCUACUCAAGAAGUUGAGCAAACCGCAGCGAACUUGACUACUUCCGCUACUAACAAGCGACAAUCCUUUAUCAGCAAAUUAUUUGGAGGUGGAAAUAAAUCCAAGAAGCAACAAGAAGCUGUUGCUGCUGCUGCUUCUGUUAGUACUACUGCUGCUGCAGGCGAUGAAGAAGCUACGACACCUGUUGUUGCUGAAGCUGAUACUACUACUACUACCGUUGCUGAGGAGGUUACAGAACAACAAACAGAAGAAGAAGAAGCACAUCAACGUCCCUCUUCUCCUCUUGGUCGUUUGACUGAAUUAUUCUCUAAAAAGACUGGUAAAAAGGCAAGCAAAGAAGAAACCCCUGCUGUUGUUGUGACUGAUGUAGAACAAGAUGUUGCUCAAACCACGAUUGAAGAAAACACUAAUGUUACAGCUACUCCUGUAGUCACUGCAUCUGCAUAAAAAAAAAUCCUAUCCAUCACCUCUCUAUUUUUUUUUUUUUAAAUCCUCUUUCAUCCUAACUAAUCACUUGCAUAAUUCUUUUUUUAUUUAUUUGCUGUAACAUCCAACACGACUUUUUCUCUCGCCCCUCUUUUUUUUAAACUUGACUCACCUAAUAAUAAUAAAUAAAUAAAUCUCAUGACGUA